AUGAGCCCAACAAUCACAUUCCUAUUCGCCAUUGGGCUGCAUCUGGACAGGGUGAUUAGGGCACAGAUGGGCACUCUUACCAGGCCUAUCCUCUUGGCUGUCCCAAGUCCUCUGGUCUACUAUGGAGAAAAUGUGACCCUCAGAUGCCAGGGCCAAGAGGGCAGUGAUGGAUUCCAGCUAUGGAAGGAUGGAAAGUCCAUCGAAGACAGAAAUGCAUCCCAGAGGUUGACAGAGUUCAUACUCAAGAAUGUGGAUGAAAUGAUUGAAGAAGGAAGCUACAGCUGCCGCUACAGGCUGGGGACCUCAUGGUCAGAGCCCAGUAAACCCCUGUUCCUGGUUUUGGAUGGACUAUUUCCUAAACCCACUUUGUCGGCCAAGACUGACCCAGUGGUGGCUCCAGGGACCAACAUCACUCUCUUGUGCUCAAGACCCAAGCUGUCUUCUGUUAAAGAAUGGAUGUUCGCUCUGUGGAAGGUUGAAACUCAGCUCCCCUUACAGAAGCAGCUCUCAGCAGAGUCCCAGACUGGCUUCCUCCUCUCUUCUGUGAGUCCCGAGGAUACUGGGAACUAUAGCUGUACAUAUAGGGAACAGAGUGCUUCUACUAGAGGGUCAAAGAUGAGCGAUGCCCUGGAGUUGCUGGUGCCAGAUUCAUUCCCCAAGGCUUCCCUCUCAGUCUGGCCUGGCUCAGAGGUGGCCUCAGGAACCAACGUGACCCUCCUGUGUCACGGACCCUCUUGGAGUACUGGGUUUCUUCUGUACAAGGAGGGAGAUGACAAAAUACUGCAAGGCACAGAGAUCAUUCAAGAUGGAGCCCAGUUCUUCUUGACUCAUGUGACCCCCAAGCACUCUGGCAUUUACAGUUGCAGCUACCAGCCCAGGACCAAUGGCAGUCUCUGGACACAGCACAGUGACCCUCUGGAGCUAAUUGUGAGAGGGCCCAGAAGCACCCUCAUCAUCACCCUCAGCUGUGUCUCCAUCCUCCUCCUCUGUGUUGCCCUGUUGGCAUUCCUCUGCCAUGCAUCCAGCCCCAUGGGAGCCUUUCUGGGAGACAGUCCUAGGAGGUGCCUCUGCUGCCCUUGUCUUCCCCAGACAGUAUCCCCAUCUCAUCACCUUGAUGCCCCAAGAAAGGAAACCCUAUACACAGAAGUGGCCAACGAAAGACCAAGGGAAAGAAUGGUUGCCAUAGCUGAAGACCCCCUAGGAGUGACUUAUACUCAACUGAACAUAAGAACUCUGAAAAAGAAGCAAACACACUCUUAG